AUGCCGGCUAAUCAGACGACACCAGGACCAGCAACAAUUGGACCCCAAACGUCAAUGCGUUUAAAUGUAACAACUGCUCGACCACCUGGAAACGGCUCGUUUACUUCAAUCCCGGCUGAUCAGACGACUCCAAGACCAGCAACAAUCGGUCCGCAGACCUCAAUGCGUUUAAAUGUAACAACUGCUCGACCACCUGGAAACGGCUCGUUUACUUCAAUCCCGGCUAAUCAGACGACUUCAAGGCCAGCAACAAUCGGUCCUCAGACCUCAAUGCGUUUAAAUGUAACAACUGCUCGACCACCUGCAAACGGCUCGUUGACUUCGAUGCGGGCAAAUCAGACGACACCAAGACCAGCAACAAUUGGACCCCAAACGUCAAUGCGUUUAAAUGUAACAACUGCUCGACUACCUGUAAACGGCUCGUUGACUUCAAUGCCGGUCAAUCAGACAACACCGAGACCACCGACAGCCAGUACUCAAGCAUCUACGAUGAGAACUGGCAACACAACACGACCAACUGGCACCAGUCCUUUUACGCCGUCGACGACGACAUAA